AUGAAAAGGUGUAAGAAUAAGUGUCAGAAGUUCUUUGCAGCUAUGGUGAGAGAAGGAGUUGGUGGUGUAUUUCAAAAAAAGGCUGAUGGUUUUGCAAGCUGGGCAAGCAAGUGUGUAGCAGCCAGGCGAUGUGGGCCGGGAGGGAGCGCGGUGCCGGGGCGGCGGCGGGAAGAGACGUCCCACAGGUGCUGUCGGGCGGCUCGAAGCGGUCGCUCCCCGUCCCCUCCGCCUCCCCCCGCCGCGGGGGCGGACCCAGGCCCAGCCCCGCGCGGGGGCCGGGUCGCCGCCGCCGCCCCCUGGCGGAACAGCCGGCCGUGCCGCGCCGGGCAGUGCCGGGCCGGGCCGCGCCGGGAGCCGCCGGAGCUGGAACUGGUACCGGUGUCGGUGCCGCGGCCGCGCCCGCCGCUGCUGGGGGAGGCGGUGCCCGCGCCGCGCCCCCGCGCCCCGCCCGCCCCCGGCAGCAGCAGCAGCGGCAGCGGCAGCCUCAGCACCUCCGCCAGCUCCUCCGAGAGCUCCAGCGGCAGCACCAUGGACCUCUCCUUCAUGGCAGCGCAGCUUCCUGUUAUGGGAGGAGCCUUUAUGGACUCACCCAACGAGGACUUUAGUACAGAGUACUCCUUGUUUAACUCAUCAGCCAACGUCCAUGCAGCUUCUUCCAUGCAGAACCCACCAGAAGAGACAUCCCGUUCUUCAAAUGAUGCCAUAUUGUUAUGGAUUGCAAUAAUAGCAACAAUUGGAAAUAUUGUGGUUGUGGGAGUGGUGUAUGCCUUCACCUUCUAGGAUGACUGUUACUCCAAACACUGGAAGAGAGGGUAACUGCAACAGUAUUUGUUACGUGUAUGUAUGUGUGUAUAUAUACAUGUAUAUCUAUAUAAAUACAUAUAGGUAGGGACUUUGUUGAUUAAGUGCUGCCACAAUCAUAGAAAUGAAAUGCAAGUUAAUCAUCUUGAGUCUUGAUGGCAGAAAGUUUGGAUGCAAUUGCAAAAUGUAUGGCAGUGAGAGUUAAACUGAGACAGAGCCAGUACCAGUUUUGUACAGAAAUGUAAUAAAAGGGAGGCCAGUGUGGGUAUAGCAAAUACAAAAAGAAAGUGAGAUUUAUAUAGAAAGUGCAUAUUUUCUACUGUUUAGAUUUUUCUAUCUGCUGUUCUGAGUUUUGUCAGCAUUUUGUGCAUUCUUUACUGUGGUAUAAUAUUGUAUGAAAUAGUUCUUUGUCAUAUUCAUUGGACAUCUUCGUUUUCCAGACGGAAUGAAUGGUCAGCAUUGACUCAGUUCAUCAUGUGUGAGUCUUUAGCAUGUGCACACACUGCCAGGCUGUGUCCAAAGUCAUGAGUCUUAAAGCCAUGACGGGCAGACGCAUGCUACCUAACACUUGCAUUCCAGUAUCAAUCUCUGGAUCUGAUAAUCUAUGAAUUGAUGCUAAACUUGUCUGCUCUUUGCAGGAGGAGGCACAGCUACUGCCAGGUGUGGCUGGUCUGCUGACCCUCUGUACUCCAGAGAAGGAAAUGUUAAACGGAGCAGCUGCACAAGCUCCCAUUUCUCUGGAGAGGUACUGGGUUGCAGUGGUUUGUAGACGUGUCCCUUCCAGGAAACAAAGGCCAAAUACCAUGCUUUUCACGUCAUAUCACUGUAAUCCAGAUUUCCCACAGCAGCCACAUACUUUCAUAAGCUUGUUGGUGUAGCAAAAGCAGCACGUGGGGAAAUUGCGAAGCCUCAUUAACAGUGAAUGAUGUCUGUGAGAAAAAUAGAAUUGAAAGGAUUGGACACUUCUGUGCUCUCAAAGGUGUGCGUGCAAGAGUCAGGUAUGCCCUUGGGUAGAAACAGCACAAAAAUGUAGUAAGUGACAGAUAUUUCACUGCUUACAUUUCAGUAUUAAUACAUAGCUGGGAUUUAAUGAGGCUUCUGAAAGUGAUUUUUAUAUAGCCUGCUUUACAUUACAACUCAGAUUAUCACUUGGAUUUGUUCUAGUGAGUGACAACAUUUUCACUGCAUUGUUCACUUGAUCAGUUCCUUUUCAAGAGCUGUAUCUUUUCAAAGCAAGCUGUAGCUUUCCUUGUUUCAGAGAUUAUAAAAUCCUGAGGGAAGGAAAAAAAACACCUAUGUUGGAAAUAUCUCUCUCUUCGUCCUUAAAAAAUACACAAAUAUAUAAACUGUGUGCACUUUGUUAACAGCAGAUAAAUUCUUCCUCUGUGUCUGCAUGUACUGUAUAGGCUUUCUGUCUCAUAUAGCUACUACCCUAGUUCCAGAAAGCCUUGUCUGCAGGCACAGAGACUAUUUUUGACGCUUGCCUGCCACUGAGCUUGAGGCUACACUAAGAGCUGCUGAAUGUAUAAAGAGGUUUGAAUUUCCUUCUUUUCGCUUUAGACCCAUUUUCCUGCAGGGCUUGUCAAUAAUUACUUGAAUUAAAGCAGCAUGCCCCAAAUCAGUAUUUGUAACCACUCAGUAGUCACCAUGUGUACUUUUUUUCCCUAUGAACAGGCCUUUAAAGCGGGGAAACAUGUGAACAGAGCUAGUGGAAGGAGAAGAGCACCUAAGUUACUUUGAGGAUACAAAAAAACAAUAACAACUCGCUUGAGGAACUGAGCUUCUCUGUGUGUGUUCAUUUCUCUGUUUGGAGGCAGGAUUUUGUGAAGAUGGUUGAGGACAGAUGAGAUCUGUGCUGGGUAAAAGUUUGAAAAGCCCUGUUCUGGAAGAUCAGUGGAUCAGAAAGCAAAUUCUGUCUAAUAAAACAACUGUGAAACAAAUAUAGUGUUUUCACUGUCCUAAAACAGCUAUUUGUUCAUUCAUAGGCAGAGGAUAAUAAAAAACAGGGGAGGUGCAUAAAUUCUUUAUCUUUCCUGCUCUUACAUUCCUCCUUAUUCUUGCCAAGCAGAAAGCAAACUGUGAAAUGGGGUUAGAAGACUACAGAGAAAUUUCCAGUUGAACAGGACAAGUUCUGGUAUACAAACAUAUAGGACCCAUGGAAAUAUUGCUUAAUGUAAAGUAUUGUCCCCAACCAUUUUCUGAUGUUGUAUUGCCUUUGUAAUUGUAUCAAUUAACUUAUGGAGUUUUCUUUAGUGUUCUUCUAGGCUCUCGUUAUGCCAGAUCAUACAAGCACUGUUUCUGCAUGAAGAGCAAAACACUUCCACCAUGAUUAAAACCAGUUUGAUGCUAUGGUACUUGCAUUCUACAGCUUAAUGAAUUUGCCAACAGAACGCUUUGUUUAAAUUUCCUAGAAUAUUAAUCUAAACACAAUUAGAAAUGCUUUUGUUUCUCUCCCAAAGCACUGGACUAAAUUCUUUGACCAUGAAGAGCUUCAGAGUGGGAACAGCAAAGAACCACCACUCUGCUAGGGAAACUGAGUGACACUUCUGUGAUGUUUGUACCAAAGAAAGUGCCUACUUUUAUGUGAAAUUGAUAGGAAUAACAGGGGUGUUGCAAAACAUGGAGUUCUGCCUCCCUCACCCAGAUCAUCAUCAUACAUAUUUUCAUUGUUAGAGGCUGAGUUGUCAAGAAGGGCCAGACAGAAUUUUAAUUAAAGUAAUUGGCUUGACAGGGUGACAUGGCAAACUGGGUUCAGGCAGCAAGUACAGGCAUUUCCUCUCUCAUAGUUAAACUGCACACUAAAUGUGCAGCUUUUCUGUAGAGAUAAAAAUUGUUUUGAGAUGCAGGUGCAAGGAUACUGUACUGCAUGCCAGAGUCUGUACAGAAUAUUGUCAGAGAUAAUAAAAAACACAAAAUCAUAGUGAGCAGAGCUGAUUCAAACUCUGAUCUACUUUGAUAGUGAUAACAUGCACAGUACUUUUCUGUAUGUUGUGUUCUGGCUUCAUCCACUGCAAUGACUUCCAUCUUCUGGGAGGUUAGGGAAUGUUUAAAUUCAACCAUUGAAAAAGGGGACUUAUCCAUCAUUAAGUUCAGAGAAGCCCCAUGCAAGAGUGGAGAAGUAGAUGAAUAGUGGAUGUUUCAUAGGUGAAAUGUGUUAUCGCUUCUUUAUAUGUUAUGCACUGAACUUGUCAGUGCAGCUUGACUUGGAGCAGUGUAGCUUCUCCCUUCUUUGGAGCCAGGCACUUGGAUAGCUGCUGCAACUCAGGGGUGAUGAGAAAACCCAAACAUAUUCCCCACAGCUGUUCUUUGAAGGUCUUCUGUGAAAGCAGAAGGGGGUUCUGGGCUUUGCUGAGCACUUUGUGUAUCAGCAUGAGAGCAGUAUUCCACUUGUAGAAGAUCUGUGCUUUAAGUAAGUGUCUACCACAGAAAACAGUUACAAGACCCUGAUUGAAGUUUGUUCUGUAGCAGACAAAGCGAAACACUUUCUACAUGCAGUGUAUAAACCUCUAGCCAUGUUGUAAACAUCAUUUUAUAAACGCAAGUAGCAGUACUGUAUGUGCUCUGCAAAGUUAUUUAUGAGCCAUGGGAGGCAGGGAGACAAACUGGAUGCCCUAACAAGUUUCUUCUAGCCAUGGCCUCUAGGCAUCUGUGGCAACAUAUCAAAUAAUCAAACUCUCUCUAAAGACUUCUUUUGGUUGUUUUUUUACUCUAAGCAGCCAGCAGCUGGACACAGCAGCUGUGCAGCCACCACAGCAAAGAUACUGAAGGCUGAAUAGUUAUGGAGGUGGGUGCAAAGGCACGACAGAUAGAAGAACUGAGUGGGAAAACCCACACAGCUACUCCUGUUAUAUUUUUAUGUGUAGGGCUAGGAGUCUGUGCUUGUCCACAACAUUAACAUCCUCCUAAAAUAAAACAAGGGAGAAAGAUGUAUUUCUGUGUCAACAUGCUUGAAAAACCAAACAAAAGAUUUUGAAACCAAUGCAACAGCAGUAGCAGAAAGACCUUUCUGCUACAAAUAAUGUAUUUAGCCAUUUGAGUGUGCAAGUGAGGUGAUAGAUACCUCAGAAGCAAUGAGAGGCCCUUUCCAAAAUCUAGUUUGCAAGGGGCCUUGAGGGCUGUCAGCAUCCCACCAAACUGCUGAGCAGCCUGUAAUAACAAGUCGCAAAUCAAGAGUAAGUAGAAGCAGCCAGCCAUUACAGUCUUAUCCUAUACAUCCAUUUGAACAUAGAACAUGUGCUUUUGUGGCUGGGACCAAAUGGAAACAGGAGUCUUUAGUCUUAGGUUGUUAUGCACGUUGUCUAUUAUUAGAAGCUUUUGUUUUGCUAUUCUCAGACAGUUCCAGUUGUUAAUAUCCUGUUCACAUUUCUCUGCAGGCUGCCAAGAGUUCUUAAUUUCAGGUAGCUCUGUACAUUUAUCUGAAGUAAUUUUACUGGGUUUCCUGUGGCAAAUCACAGAGCAGAAUCUGGAAAAUUGCUCUUUUUAAGGAGAUAAAUAGGCCAAAAAUCAGAAUCUCAGAUCAAAAUGCUUCUGUGUUUUUGGAGCGUGCAAAGCUCUGGGGAGCUGGGUUUCAACUGGUUAAUGCACAGAAAGGAAAAGGGCAAUCAGGUCCCUGGUGAUAAUGUCAGACAUCAGGGUACUGACAGGCAGGGCUGAGCGCUUCAUUAACUCCUGCUCUGCCCCUCUGAGCCUGCCUCGCUUCCUGGACACACAGCCCGAGCUGAGUUUAAGUGAACUAAGCAUCAGGUACAGCAUGUCCCUCCUCAUCUGACAGCUUGCUAAUCCUCAAGGAAACAAGUGCAUUUAUUCCAUUUGCAGAAGAAGAGCCAAAGAUCAAUAUUCUGUUAGGUAUAUUGUUAUUGGUACAUUGGUCCACCAUCAUAAGGUAAAUGUAGGGAUGGUUUAACAUGUAGUUAGCCCAUUGUCCCUGAUCUGGGAAUAUCCUAAAGAAGUCCUGAGGCCUUAAAGUCUCCUACCGCCCUUCAUCUGACACUAACACUUCAUGUUUCCUCAUAUAGCCCCUCUCUGUCUUUUACUUUGUCUAUCCAACUUGAAACAAGGAAAAUUAAGUCACCACUACACUCUUCUCUGGGCAUGUAGGAAACUCCUAACAGCUAGGGACCAACCAUGUCUCAUUUUAGUUUUUGACCCUUCAGGCACAAAGAAGGAAGAAAGCAUCCGGUUGCCUACCCAGGAGCUCCAGGGGAAUAUGUGCCUUUGCAAAACAAAAUACAUAGCAAUUUUAUCUCAUUCCGGCCUCUGCCAUAAUACUUACACUGAGACGAGACCUACACCAGACCUACUGUCUCAGUAAUCUGUUUUGGGAAUUACAGCAACACAGCCAAGAACUGGAAAAGAAAACAACCCCGAUAACACAAACCUGUCAUAUAUCAGAUCAUCUGAAUAACAUGCCUUUAAAGGCAGGUUCACCUGAGUGCCAUAGGAAGAGCUGAUCUGUUGGUACCAAGGCAAAUGUCCUUUUAUAUGAGCACAAAUGGUGCCUCCAUCUUUUUUGGAAAUCUUGGGAGCAUUGUGCCACCCAUUUUCUUUCCUAUGCAGGCUGCUAGAUAUUUUUCAGUUGUAGAAAAUACUCAAAAAGCUUCUCGUGUUGGUAGAAUACACGCAAAAUUUACUUUCCAAAGCUCUACUUAUUUUGCAAAAGCAAAAAACACCUAGGUUUCUUAGGUAUGGAAUGCUAAUUAGUCAAGUAUCUUAUAUGCGGUAGCAUCACCUCAUUUUAAUCUACAGAUUAUGUCAGUAGGUCUCAAAGGGGAUCUUACUAGUACCUAGACUUUAAAAAGUCUGAAAGCAGAAACGAGUCACUUCUCAAGAAUGUCUCAAAAGUCGCUAGCCAGUCCUUUAGACUGCAUCAUUCCUUAUUUCUCCCUAAAGCACCCUGAUGUGAACUCACAUCCAUCACUUGAAACACCUUGUCACCACCACGUGUCUCUAUGAGUUCAUUUUAUUUCUCUCCUUGUCUUCUCUGUAUUCUUAUAAUUCCCUGUUAUCAGAACAUGUGAGCAUUUGGAAGCCAGCAAUGUUCUUCAGUCCUUCUUAACCACAUCCUUGACUGACCUUCACUGACAGUAAGGUCAGUGAUAAUUAAGGACUUAUUACAGUAAGCAACAUAAAGUCUCUUACUGUAGGAAGAUCUCAUUCACUAUCUGCCUCGGCAAACCACAAGCAGAAGAGCAAGGUGUAGCCAUGAAGCUUGGUAACUGUGUUGUCAGUAUCCACCCAAGCUACCAUUUAGAAAUUCAGAUUUUAUAAAUACACUGCACUGUUCUGCAGUCAGCAUUUACUGAGCUUUUCCCAACCCAAAAUCCUUCGUUAUUUUUAGCAAAUCAGAAUCAGUGGUAAUGCACUUGGGGUAAGGCAAGGGGAGUGGACAUGGGCACUAGGAAGAACAGAAAAGCUCCACAUUGUUUACUGUAGAGUCAAGGCCAUUAAACACUAGCAUAUUCAGUAAAGAAAAACACAAUGUGCUAAACCAUUUGAAAUCUAGUCACCCCUGUAGUUCUCGGAUGUACGGCCAAACUGCUGUAGCUAGAUCAAGCAUUUCUAAAUCUCAUUGUGACCAAAAGGAAAUUUAUUUCUUGGCCAGAACUGAGAGAGCUGAACAGGCUCCCUCACAAGCCCCUGUCUGUUCUGCUGUUGCUUUGGGAGCUUCCUGAGCUGUGGUCACUGGGGUGAUGCUGCAUUUCCUGUGGAGUUCAGUCCCAAUAAUGAGCAAAUAAAAUUGAAUUGUUUACAGAUGUAGGCCUAGAACUCUUCUCAGUUUACUGCCUUCAUAAGGAUGAUGGAAGUUCCUAAUCCUGCAAGCUGCUCUAUCCAGAGGGACCUUUGCCUCCACCUGGAGUCAAUUGGAUUAAUAACAAUUCUGCUACUCUUCUGGCAUCUGCUCCAGUGGAUCAACUUGCAGGACUAGCUCUGAGUUGCCAGGAUUUUAUUUUAAAUAUAUCUAAAAAUGUACAUAAUUUCCUAAUCAAAAGAAAGAAAGCAGAAUGCUGUAUUUUUUAAAAUGAGAAGGUGACAAAAACCAAGUCUGAAUAUUUUGAUAGAUGUGCUGGAAGGGUAUAUAAUGUAGCGAACAGUUGCACUACCUUUAAUAUUGUCUGAGCACCUAACCUGAGAAAUAUUUGUUCUUUCUCUAACAAAGACCUUUUUCUGUUCUCAAGUUAUGAAGUUUGGAAGGAGUAGAGUGCAAAGCUUCAAUGAAAUUUUAAACUAAUGUAAAUAAAUUCUGUAGCUAGCUUUGUUAGGUAGCCUGUAACAUAUGUUUUUCAGUUAUGUCAUCUCAAAUAUUGCCUGAUUGUUGUUGGUUUUUUUCCAAAAUAAGUUGAACAGUGACACUUCCGAAAGCAUCUGUACUUCACGCAAAAUUACAGUCAUAUGGAAAUGACAUCCUUCAGCUCACGUAAAACAGCUUUACAGGAGCCCUUUAGUAUGCACUGUUAUUUCUCUUAAUUAUUGACAAUUUAAUUCUCUUGUGAUUUCUCUCUGCUACCCUGUUUUGUACACUAACAGGUUUACAGGGCUUCUCUCUAUUGUUUUUGUAAUAUAUGGUUUGGUUUAAAGAAAAACUUUCACUCUUGUAAUCAUUGCUCUUGAAAUGUGGUCCUCUAUCUGUAAAGAUAAAAAAAAAACCAUACAAAGUGCCCUCUGUUUUCUCUAAGUUUACUGUAAUUAGCAAGUUUAGUUAACAGAAAUGUAUUAUUUUAGGUUAUUGUUAUAUUCUUUUUCAGUUAUUGAAAGCUUUCACUAUGUGUGUACUUCGUACUGGUUCAUUCUUUUACUAUAGUGAAAAUGAAAAGUUUUGUUAAUAUGGGAUGGAAGUUGUGUUUUUGGAUAAAGUUCUAUAAAUUGA